CGCGGCGCUUUUUCCCAAUCGAAUUCUUGAGCGUUAUACAAUGGGUGCACCUUCGCCGGAUCUACCAAGGUCCAAAAGACGUCGACACGGGAUGACAGUCACCCUCUACACACAAACUCUCUCACUUUUCUCCUAAGUCACACUCACACAUAAGCACGAUCGAUGUGGGCGGUAUCUUUCCUAGGUAACGUGACACAAGAUGGUGACCUCUCAUUAGCUGCCGUUCUUUAACUGCAAUGUUCAACUGAGAGACAUGAGAGUUAGCCCUGGCCGUAGUGGAUGGUUGUGGAUGAAGACCAGGGAGGGAAGAAGAAGAAGAAGGGGCUUCGUAUUCGCGUGGCUCGUGCAUUCAUAUCUAAAGCGUCGCGAGUAUACGUAUUCGCAUUCGAACGAGAGUAGUUCACCACAGAACAGCUGAACCAGACAUGCAAGGACGACGUGCUUUGGAGACGUCAUCAACUCCUGGACCUGACGAAGGUUGCAGGAUAUCGAAGGUGCUGCUGGCGACAGCCAUGUGUACGGUGCUGAUUGUGUACUCAGUAGUGGUGGCAGUACUAAUGGCACGUAACCCACUGGGGGGCGCUCUCUUACCUGACGACAACAAGCGCGUUUGCGCGGCGGAGCCACUCGGUAUUAAGCUGACCAGCGGCUUUCUACUCGGUCACAUCAUCGACGUUCAGGAACCACAGACACCUAACGUGCGAGCAUUCCUCGGCGUCCCUUUCGCCCAAAGCACAGCGGGGGAGAACCGGUUCAGAAAGCCGCGCCCUCUGGACGCCGUUCCGGGUGGACACAUGAACGCCACAACGCACGGACCUCCCUGUUCCCAACCCGUAUUGGAAGGACAGACGAGCGUGACGUCCGAAGAUUGCUUGCACAUGGCCAUUUGGACGCCGGGAGUUUGCUCGCAACAGGACCCCCUGCGACCAGUCCUGGUGCUCCUCCAGAGCGAGUGGUUCGAGACUGGGUCCAAUAGCGCUCCAGAAAGCGACGGCGCUUAUCUCUCCGCUACCGGCGAUAUUGUCGUGGUGGCACCGAACCACCGACUAGGUCCUUUCGGGUUCCUGAACGUGAAGGGAACGGACGCGAACGUUGCCCUCCACGACGUCCUGCUUGCCCUUGCCUGGAUUCGUGAUAAUAUAGCCAGCUUUCACGGGAAUCCGGACAAUAUCACAUUGCUGGCACUCGAUUCGGGAUCGAUCAUAGCAACGGAGCUGCUUCUAAAUGCUGACGCGCUCACCCCCUUCGCGCGACGAUUCGUAUUGCUGGGACUCGCAGCGACGACGUGGUUGCCCAGCAACAGCUUCGAAAAGGGCAACGAGAAUUUCAUGAGACUCGUAGAAGCUUCGGGAUGCCGUAGCUCGACCGUGGACGAAGCUCUCGCCUGCCUGAGGAGAGUGCCCGCGCAGAAGAUCACGGAAGCAGCUCAGAAGACGCGGCCUCCCUUGCGGUUCGUGCCUAGUCACGGGGCAGAGCUCUUAAACAAAGGCGGAGUCAAAAGAGAGCGAAUAUAUGAUGCGCUGCAAGUACUCGCUGGUAACACUGCCCGGGAUGCGGAUAGUUUGUUUUCUGGUUACGGCGUUGCGAGUCUGGCAAGUUCCAACUUCUCCAGAACACUAUUGGAACCCAUCAUUGCGAGCGAGCGCUACCUGAACCUUCUCCAACUAACCACAGUGUCAGCUCAGGAUGCAGCCAAGCUGAUUGACCGCCUGAUCUCCAUGUUUGAUCUACCCGUUGACCCUUCAUCGCCGAUUGAUGUGUUCGAGCUUGAGCGUGUGUACAACUUCCAGACGUCCGGUGGAGCGGGCAUCAGAGACAUGGCUUCGGACCUCUUGUACGUCUGCCCAAUGCUGUCUCUUCUUCGACUCUUGCGUGACCGUCGCGCUGACGUGUUCCACUACGUGCUCAACGAUGGUAAUUACGGUGGAAGGACGCGAUCUCCCAAGGACCCCGCCUCAUAUCACCAGGUUUUGCUGUCAGGCAUGCCAUUCAAGUAUCAGGACAAGGCAUACUUGCAGGAUGCCUCAAACAAGCUGAUAUCCGUCGUAGCCGCAUUCGUAAAGGAUGGGGCACCCUCUCUCCUGGACAACAUUCGGUGGCCUCAGUACGGGAACUCCAGCAUUUCUGUCCUCCUGGACUCCCGGCCACACAGCAGUGUGGUGCGGAACUGGCGCUCCAGUCAAUGCCACACCAUCUCCCAAGUGUUUGGUCGCGUGUGAUGUUCCUUUGCAGUAGCGUGUACUAUAGUGGCGUAAUUCAACGUGUAAAUAUAAGUAUAUAUGCAAAUCA